AAAAGCUGAUAGUCAGUGGUGGUCCUGGCUCACUUGGUGUCCCGGGCCGUUCUGAUGUGCAAUGGAGAAGUGAGUGUGCAUCUGUGUGUCUGAGUGUGUGCAUGCAUUCUGGCCCAGUAACUCGGCUGCCCUUUGCAAUCGCCUGUGUCGCCUAUGCCAAGAUCCGCCACUGGAUGCAGAAACUGAAGUGCAGAUUCCAAGACAAACAGUCAGAAGUUUAAAAGAAUGAGAGGACACGAGGAGAUGAAUGUGAAAAGUUUGCUGCCUCUCUCUUUUCAUUUGUGCACUUUACUACUCUUCUUACUAACCCUCACAUGCCUGCAUACGACAAUAAAAAACAGCCUCGACCUUGUAUUAAUCAGUGAUGGCAGCUUAUGCAUUACCUGUAAAUAUCUGUAUGCUUAAUGUGAGCAUAUGUAGUUUGUUUUCCCCAGGAUGCUUCAACUCGGACCGUCUAAUUGAGAUCUGUCUUGUAAACAGCCAUGAUGCCGUUGCUGUCUGGAACUGCAUGGACUGUUUUCUGUCUCCUUCUGCUCGGGAAGAGAACAGCAGCAGAGAGCGAAGAGAUGCAGUGCCCUGUGUCUCCAGUGGGGGCGCUACACCCUGUUCAGGGUCUGCUGGAGAGAUUUAAAGCUGGCCCAGGCUGUGCUGCUCGAGAGAGCGGGAACAAGGAGACCCAUGUGAUUGCUGUGGGCAGAGCAUCACACAGCCCAGACAGCCAGGUGACGGUGCUGCUGAAGCCCUUGUCUCUGUCCUCUUCACCUCGCAGAUCCCUCAUCCUGCUGCUCAGCUCUCAGCUCCCGGUGCACUGGCUGCUGGAUGCUGAGCAGCUGCCCUCAGACCUGUCAGUGCUAGUGCAGCUGUCCUCUAACUCCACAGUGCACUCCUAUACUCUGCCUCUGCGAGUACAACCAGUGCAUUCGCUGCCAUUUCGUCCACGUGCGCUGCUCCGCUGGGCUCUGAAACACCACUGUAGUUUGUCCUCUCUGACACACGCAAGUCACGUCAACCGAGUCUAUAUUCGCCUCGGAGAAGAUCCAAACCUGCCCAGUGUGUGCCAGUUACAGUCUCUGUUCCUCUCUCACAACUACAUGACCUCUGACCUGCAGCAGCAGAAAGUGCAGGGUUGCACCCACUCAGUGGCAGACAGGAACAACCCAGAAAUACAUGUGAUCAAACUCCAUUCGGCUGGCUCAGGACUCUGCGGCUCUCUGCAAGUGGAGGUGAUCGUCUCUCUGGUGCCCCCAGUGGCCAAUUCAGGGACACACAAGGUGGUGCUGAUACUCAGCAGCAGUGUGCCAGUCAACUGGGCAAUCGUUGCUCAUGGACUCCGGGGUCAUGUCUCUGUUUAUUCCUCCAACAGUGUGUCCCCGCCCUACCCACCUGAGCCUUUCCUGACCGUGUCCAGUAAGCUUCACUCUGACCUGUCCACCGCCCCUGACCUUCUUGUGUGGGCCAAUGAGAGGGGCUUCCCGGUGGUGACCUCAUACACUAAGGCUGACCUGGCCAACCGCUUUGUGAUCCAGCUGUCUGGGGGAGGGACAGAUGUGGUUCCAGUCAUGAAUCCUUUGGUCGUCCGGCCUCCUUGGGCUGAGGAGCGCAGGCUGAGGCAGUGGCUGACUGGUGGAGGCAGAGGUGGAGGAGGGAGAGAAGCUUUCACCGUGCAGUGUGAUGAUGGACGGCUCAAUGUGAUGGUCGACAGACACAUCCUGCAGACCUUGUCUAUCCCGGUGGCUGCCGUGACCCUGAGAGACCCCAAGUGCCAGGCUCAGUCAAAUGGCAGCCAUUUCCUGUUGGCGUUCCCAGUCAUUUCCUGUGAGACUGAGGGUCGCCUCCUCAGACAGCCCAGAGGGGUGCAGUACAAAAACAUGGUGUUGUUAUGGAGAGACAAGCCUCAGACAACUCAGGCAUUCAAUGAAACAGAGAAAAAGAGAGGCCCUAUUGGCAUACAUAUCAGCUGUCUGGCUGCUGUCCCUAGUGCUCCCGUCCCGGAUGAUGCAGUGACUCCUCAGGCAGGGCCGGUCCAGUGGGAACCCCACAGUCCCGGUCCUGGGCUCAGUCCAGGACUGAGCCCCCUCCCCACACCCAGAUCCAGACCUGGGCCUAUUCUCACCCUGAAGCUAUUUGUCACUGAGAGCUACGAGCAGAGGCAGACCGGCCCCUGUGUGAUCAUUGCAGACCACCGUGUCUAUGUUGAGGUCUCAGCCAAAGGGCCCAUCAGACAUGCUGCACAGGUCAUGUCAUGUGUGGUCUCUCCCCUGUCAGACCCAAGAAAGUCUCCCUUCUGGACGGUCAUUAAGGAUGGCUGCUCCACGGACCCCUCACUGACCCUCAGUAAGGUGAGGGAAGAUGGCAAAGAGGACAGAGAAGAGGUUGAAGAUGAUGAACUCGGGGAAGAUAAGGAGGAAAAAGAGGAAGAGGAAGAAGAAGACAGAGAUAACGAGGAUCAUGACAGCAUCGGCAGAGGGAAAGACCGAGACUGGAGACAAGACUCAGAGGGCACUACCAAAGAAAUGAUAAAAGGCAGAGGAAGAGCAAAAGGGAGAAAAGCACAAGUGAGGGGAGAGGAGAGAAACACCAGGACGGGAGAAGCAGAGGAGGAGAUACAGUCCUUGAGGUUCAGUUUUAUUCUGCGACCUGUUUAUAAUGACUCCAUGCAGUUCCUCCAUUGCAGCCUUCGACUGUGUGUCUCUGACUCGGCAGGAGAACGAUCCACAAAGGAAAUGACUGUCAGAGAAAAUGACUGUCAGGGUGGGCUGCUCAUCCCUCCCCUUGUAUCUAAGUCACCGGCACAGCAGUGUGAGAUCAGAAACCUUUCCAGGCCCAUGGUGGUCACUCAACCCAUCAGCUCACUGGUGGCCAAACCACUGAGGCCACCUGACGGCCAGACAACGAGGAGGUUUCAUGUGUCCCAGUUGACCAAUCCUGCCCCAGACCACAGCGGCUUUGUGAUAGACACAGGACCAGUGAUGGGGAUUGUCUUCGCUGCCUUUGUUAUGGGUAUCAGCCUGAUGGGAGCGCUGUGGUGCAUUUACCAUCACACAGGGACAUCAAUAAGAAGAGAGAGUCCUUUAACAGAGCAGAGUCGUGGAAGCCACAGCAGCUGGAAUCCCUCUGCACUGAUGGAUCAGACCAACAGCACCGUGUAGACGAUUUCCUCCUUGAAAUCUGAGGCUGAAGGUGAAGUGGGACAGUGGUUCAAACAACUGGUUGGUGUGUGAGUUUGUGCGAGAGAGAGAGAGAGAGAGAGAGAGAAAGAGAGAGCAGGAGAGCACAGGUGUGUUUGCCUUUGUGUACACCACUGUGCACACAAACAUGUGUUAGUGCAAUUCUACAAUCAAGUGCCAUUCCUAGCUGUAGAAAAGCGAGCGAUGUGUAUGAAGGACUGACACAAUGUGAAUGCAAACACGGUGGUUAGGCAACUUGUCGCCACGUUGUGAAAAAAAAUCAAAUGUUUGAGUCAAAUUGAAAGAUUGCGUGUUUGAUUCAGCAAGGCAUUCUGCAUCAUUGCAAGUCAUUUCAAAACUGGCAGCCACUGGUCAUGUGGAGAGACUGUUAUCUGGAUUCAUACAGGAUCUAAACCUGGUCGACUCAAACAAAAACCACAUCCUGGACUUCUUCAGACAGGGAACACAAAGUCAGAGAUGAAUCAGGAGAUUAUGUGCCAGGAUUACAGUAUCUAAGUGUGUUCUACAGACUCAUCAAUUCAAAGUCUUUGUGUUGUAACUGUGAACUUCUUCUGCAUUGUGGAUUGUUUUCAAAACUACAUCUACCUGUAUGUGAAUUAUUUUAUGUGUUCAUGUGUCAAAUAAUUGAGAAGAAUAUUAAAUGAGCUACAAUCCA